GCAGUCUGUAUGUAACUUGCACAUCAAUUUCUUCUGUGCGAAACCCUAGUACGUACAGAGAGAAAGGGAAGAAUUAGAGCGCGGAUUGAGGCCACCGCAGUUGCUUGCGGCUAUGAAUGAAGCUAAUCUGAAAUGGCGGGCGUUUUCUGUAAAAUUUACAGGCGCACGACAUCGUCGGAAACGGCGAAGGCCUCCCAACAGAAAAUUAUGCGCUACCGAUCGAGUUCUAUUUUCAUUUGUUGUUUAAUAAGGGUAUAUAUGGCUAACCGGUCGAUGUGGAAAUUAUACAAUUCAGGACAAUGCCUCUAGUAUGGCCUCCCGGGUUAAGAAGACUGAUGCGCGCGAAAUCGAAAGUUUUUACCAACAAUACUAUGAGCAUUACGUCAGAGCACUGGACAAGGGAGAACAAGCCGAUAGAGCCCAUCUUGGUAAAGCUUACCAGACUGCUGGAGUUCUUUUUGAGGUCCUCUGUGCCGUUAACAAGACCGAGAAAGUUGAAGAAGUUGCUCCCGAGAUUAUUGCAGCCGCCCAAGAUGUCCAGGCAAAGAAUGAAAUCUACACCCCUUAUAACAUUCUGCCGCUGGAUUCUGCUGGGGCUUCACAGUCCGUCAUGCAGCUGGAAGAGGUUAAGGCUGCUGUGUCUGGACUGCGUGACACCCGGGGAUUGAAUUGGCCUUCCUCGUUUGAGCAGCACAGGCAGAAAGCAGGGGAGUUGGACCUCCUUGAUUGGCUUAGGGCCAUGUUUGGAUUUCAGAGAGACAAUGUCAGAAACCAGAGAGAGCAUCUGAUUCUGCUUCUUGCCAAUGUUCAUAUAAGGCUCAUUCCCAAGCCAGAGCCUCUAAACAAGCUUGAUGAUGGAGCUGUUGAUGCAGUCAUGAACAAGCUCUUUAAGAACUACAAAACAUGGUGCAAGUUUCUGGGGAGAAAACACAGUUUACGGCUUCCUCAAGGGCAACAAGAAGUGCAACAGAGAAAGAUACUUUAUAUGGGUCUUUAUCUUCUCAUAUGGGGCGAAGCUGCUAAUGUACGCUUCAUGCCAGAAUGCCUUUGCUACAUCUUCCAUAAUAUGGCAUAUGAACUUCAUGGUUUGUUGGCCGGAAAUGUUAGCAUUGUCACUGGAGAAAACAUUAGACCUUCUUAUGGGGGAGAUGAUGAGUCUUUCCUAAGGAAAGUUAUAACACCCAUUUACCGAGUAAUCGUAAGGGAAGCUAAGAAGAGUAAACAUGGAAAAGCCCCUCAUGCUACUUGGUGCAAUUAUGAUGACCUGAAUGAGUAUUUCUGGUCCACCGAUUGCUUCACAUUGGGAUGGCCUAUGCGUGACGAUGGUGACUUUUUCAAAACAACUCGUGAAGUUAAACAGGGAAGUGAAGCAUCUUCUGGAGCUGGAAGCACUGGCAAAUCUUAUUUUGUUGAAACAAGAUCAUUCUGGCAUAUCUUCCGAAGCUUUGACCGUCUGUGGACAUUUUAUAUACUGGCUUUACAGGCUAUGGUUAUUGUUGCAUGGGCAGAAAUUUCUCCUUUAGAUGUUUUCCAGGGCAGGGUCUUAUAUCGCCUUGGCAGUAUUUUUAUCACAGCUGCUUUUUUGCGCUUCCUUCAAAGUAUGUUGGACCUUAUAUUGAACUUCCCAGGAUAUCACAGAUGGAAGUUCACUGAUGUGAUGAGGAACAUUCUCAAGAUAGUAGUUAGUCUUGCAUGGAGUAUCAUUCUCCUGCUAUCUUAUAGUUUCAACUUCCAAGUGUUGCCUGACAGCUUAAAAAAUUCAGUUCCGUUUCUCAAUAAUGUCAAAGGCGUUCCGAAGUUGUACAUUUUCACUGUUGCAAUUUAUCUGCUUCCAAAUUUUCUGUCAGCAGCAUUGUUUAUCUUUCCAAUGCUCAGACGUUGGAUUGAGAACUCAGACUGGCAUAUCAUAAGGUUUCUACUAUGGUGGUCGCAGCCCAGAAUAUAUGUUGGCAGGGGAAUGCAUGAAAGUCAGCUUGCCCUUAUAAAGUACACUCUUUUCUGGGUGCUACUUCUCUGUUCCAAGUUGGUAUUUAGCUAUACAAUCCAGAUAAAACCUAUGAUUAAGCCAACAAAAGAUAUAAUGCGUAUUCAUCGUAUUCAGUACACUUGGCAUGAAUUUUUCCCUAAUGCUGAAAACAACUAUGGAGCAGUUAUCUCAAUCUGGAUGCCUGUACUCUUGGUUUAUUUUAUGGAUACUCAAAUUUUCUAUGCUAUUUUCUCAACUCUCUGUGGUGGCGUCAUUGGGGCCUUUGAUCGUUUAGGAGAGAUACGAACACUAGGCAUGCUCAGAUCACGGUUCCAGUCAUUACCUGGUGCAUUUAAUACGUGUUUGGUGCCUUCUAAUAAGACUAAGAAAAGCAAAUUUUCUUUCUCAAAACGUUAUGAUGAGGUUACUGCAAGCAGGAGAAGUGAAGCUGCAAAAUUUGCUCAGCUAUGGAAUGAAGUAAUAGUAAGUUUCCGUGAAGAGGAUCUUAUAAGUGACAGGGAGAUGGAUCUAUUGCUUGUUCCCUAUUCUUCAGAUCCUAGCCUAAAACUAAUUCAGUGGCCACCCUUUCUGCUUGCUAGUAAGAUCCCAAUUGCAUUGGAUAUGGCAGCCCAAUUUCGAUCAAAAGAUUCUGACCUCUGGAAGCGAAUAAGUGCGGAUGAAUAUAUGAAAUGUGCUGUUAUUGAAUGCUAUGAAUCUUUCAAACUUGUCCUGAACACUUUGAUUGUUGGAGAAACUGAGAAUAGGAUAAUUGGCAUUAUUAUCAGAGAAGUUGAAAAUAACAUUGAAAAGAAUUCAUUUCUCACAAAUUUUAGAAUGGCUCCUUUACCUACUCUAUGCAAUAAAUUUGUGCAGCUUCUGGAAAUUCUGAAAGAUGCGAAUUCAUCAAAGCAAGAUACUGUGGUGUUGUUGCUGCAAGACAUGUUAGAAGUAGUCACACGUGAUAUGAUGGUGAAUGAGAUUCGUGAAUUAGUCGAACUUGGUCACAGCAACAAGGGGCAACUUUUUGCUAAUACUGAUUCAAAACCUGCUAUUGCAUUUCCUCCUGCAUUUACAGCAAAAUGGGAAGAACAGAUAAAACGGCUCUAUUUGCUGUUAACAGUAAAAGAAUCUGCCAUUGAUGUGCCUACAAACCUUGAAGCACGUCGAAGGAUAUCGUUCUUCACAAAUUCUUUGUUCAUGGAUAUGCCACGUGCUCCCCGAGUUCGCAAAAUGCUGUCAUUCAGUGUCAUGACCCCAUACUAUAGUGAGGAAACUGUUUAUUCAAAAAGUGACCUCGAGAUGGAGAAUGAAGAUGGCAUUUCAAUCAUAUUCUACCUGCAAAAAAUCUUUCCAGAUGAAUGGACUAACUUCCUGGAGCGGAUUGAUUGUAAAAAUGAGAGCGAGGUGUGGGAAAAUGAAGAGAACAUCUUGCAACUGCGCCAUUGGGUCUCCUUAAGAGGACAGACUCUCUGCAGAACAGUCAGAGGGAUGAUGUACUAUAGGAGGGCUUUGAAGCUUCAGGCUUUUCUUGACAUGGCUUCUGAACCUGAAAUACUUAAAGGAUACAAAGCUGUCACAGUUCCAUCAGAGGAAGAUAAGAAGAGUCAGAGAUCCUUAUAUGCUCAAUUGGAGGCUGUAGCAGACAUGAAAUUCACUUAUGUUGCUACCUGUCAGAACUAUGGAAAUCAGAAGCGGAAUGGAGAUCGCCGUGCAACAGAUAUUUUGAAUUUGAUGGUCAACAAUCCAUCUCUCCGUGUAGCAUAUAUUGAUGAAGUUGAGGAGAGGGAAGGUGGUAAGGUUCAGAAGGUAUACUACUCAGUAUUGGUCAAAGCUCUUGAUAAUCUUGAUCAGGAAAUCUACCGUAUAAAGUUGCCAGGUUCAGCAAUAUUAGGAGAAGGAAAGCCUGAAAAUCAGAACCAUGCUAUUAUUUUCACUCGUGGGGAGGCACUUCAGACAAUUGAUAUGAAUCAGGACAAUUAUUUGGAAGAAGCUUUCAAAAUGCGUAACCUACUGGAAGAGUUUAAUGAGGAUCACGGGGUACGCCCACCUACAAUCCUGGGUGUUCGUGAACAUAUCUUUACAGGAAGUGUGUCUUCUUUGGCCUGGUUUAUGUCAAAUCAAGAAACAAGUUUUGUGACCAUCGGUCAAAGAGUUCUUGCAAGGCCUUUGAAGGUUCGGUUCCACUAUGGGCAUCCGGACGUUUUUGACAGAAUUUUCCACAUUACUCGUGGUGGCAUAAGCAAAGCCUCCCGGGGCAUCAACUUAAGCGAGGAUAUCUUUGCCGGUAGCUUUAUGAAUCUUUACCACUUAGGUGCAUGUUUAAUUUAUUUUAUAUCUCAAUAUCCAUUUUUUUUUUAUAUAGGUUUCAGUUCGACACUCAGACGUGGGAAUGUCACUCACCAUGAGUAUAUCCAAGUGGGAAAAGGAAGAGAUGUUGGUCUUAACCAAAUCUCUCUCUUUGAAGCAAAAGUGGCCUGUGGUAACGGAGAGCAAACACUCAGCCGGGAUAUCUACAGAUUAGGCCAUCGUUUUGAUUUCUUCCGUAUGAUGUCCUGUUAUUUUACCACUACUGGGUUUUAUGUCAGUGCAAUGAUUGUCGUCUUAACAGUUUACGCAUUCUUAUACGGCAGACUCUACCUUGCAUUGAGUGGAGUUGAGAAGGCAAUCAUGAAAUUUGCAAGGUCCAAGGGAGAUGAUCCUCUGACAGCAGUUAUGACUUCUCAAGCCCUUGUCCAAAUAGGUCUUUUGACGGCCUUGCCCAUGGUUAUGGAAAUGGGACUGGAAAGAGGGUUCAGAACUGCAUUUGGUGACAUAAUAAUUAUGAAUCUUCAGCUAGCUGCUGUCUUCUUCACCUUCUCUCUUGGCACAAAGGUCCAUUAUUUUGGGCGCACGGUGUUGCAUGGUGGGGCCAAGUACAGAGCUACUGGGCGUGGUUUUGUUGUUCGACAUGAGAAGUUUGCAGAGAACUACAGGAUGUACUCUAGAAGCCAUUUUGUAAAAGCACUAGAGCUUAUGGUAUUACUUAUAGCAUAUCGAGUUUAUGGUGCAUCUGGUGGUUCUACUACUUACGUGAUCCUUAGCUUCUCAAUGUGGUUCCUAGUGGCUUCUUGGUUGUUUUCUCCUUUCCUUUUCAAUCCUUCAGGAUUUGAGUGGCAAAAGAUAGUGGAAGAUUGGGAGGACUGGACAAAGUGGAUAAGCAGCCGUGGCGGGAUUGGUGUCCCUGCAAACAAGAGCUGGGAGUCCUGGUGGGAGGAGGAACAAGAACACCUGCAGUACUCUGGGUUUGUUGGACGGAUUCUGGAAAUUCUUCUUUCCUUCCGCUUUUUCUUCUACCAAUAUGGAAUUGUGUAUCAUCUCCACGUGGCCAAUGGCGACACAAGCUUCAUGCUGUACGGUCUAUCUUGGCUGGUUAUUGUUGCUGUAAUGGUAGUCUUGAAGAUUGUGUCCAUGGGUAGGAAGAAGUUCAGCGCAGAUUUUCAGCUGAUGUUCAGACUACUCAAGUUGUUCCUGUUUAUAGGAUGCACGAUUACUCUUGUGAUUUUGUUUGCAUUCCUCAAUCUAACUCUCGGAGACAUAUUUGCCGGCCUACUGGCCUUCGUGCCGACGGGAUGGGCUUUUCUACAGAUAGCACAAGCCUGCAAGCCAAUGGUCAAGGCCUUGGGAAUGUGGGGAUCAGUGAAAGCUCUGGGAAGAGGGUACGAGUACCUUAUGGGGGUCGUCAUCUUCACGCCGGUGGCUAUCCUUGCCUGGUUCCCAUUCGUCUCGGAAUUCCAAACCCGCCUGCUAUUCAACCAAGCUUUCAGCAGAGGCCUUCAGAUUCAACGUAUUCUGGCUGGCGGGAAGAAGCAGAAGCAGAAGUAGACAAGUAAAGAUAUGCUUCCUUCCUUCCUUCCUCCCUCCCUUCCUUCUCAUUAUGUUGACUGUGCGGGCUGGCUGGCUGGCUGCAGUUAUAAUAAAGAGAACGAACGUACCCGUUGGUUAGAAAUGAGGGAUACAAAUUAUAAGUUCUUAGGAAGGAGAUCCAGCUGGAAUCAAAGCUGAAAUAUAUUCUCUCUCUCUCUCUCUCUCUCUCUCGAUCAUUGAUGUCCUUUUUAACUUUGGAAUCAAAAUCAUGAGUUUUUUUUUUUUUUUUUUUAAUAUCUUUCUCCUUAAUUUAUUGUCCGCUACGUUACCCCCUCAUUUACUCGCUAGAUUAGAUGCUUUGCUCCACAUGUGUUUACUGUACUUGACUGCCUAAACAAUAUAACCCAAACAAAAAAUAUAUAUAAUAUGUUAGU